AUGGUAAAAGCUCCAAAAAAUGCCACCUACACAUCACCUCAGAUUCAAAAAGAAAUUCUACAUGUUAUUUCAACCAAAGUGAAGAAGGCAAUUAGGGAAGAAAUUGGUGAUGCAAAGUUUUGCUUAUUGGUUGAUGAAGCUCGUGAUGAGUCCAUGAAAGAGCAAAUGGCUGUGGUUUUAAGAUAUGUUGAUAUAAAUGGCUUUAUAUCCAAAACAUUCGGGGGCAAGGAUAUGAUAGUGCAAGUAACAUGCGGGAGCUUUUGGAUUGCAUAUUUGAUUGAUAUUGAAGAGCUUGAGACUGGGAAAGGACUUAAUCAGAUGGUCACUUUACAGCGACUUGGAGAUACUCGUUGGGGUUCGCAUUAUAAAUCGGUUUCUAACUUGAUAAAGUUGUUUACUCCAACAUAUGAAGUUCUACUGAAAAUUAUGGAUGAAGGAAAUUCUUCACAAAAAGUAGAAGCAAAGUUCGCUUAUGAGGUAUUAAUUUCAUUUGAAUUUGUCUUCAUCUUGCAUUUUGUUAAUAAAACUAUGGGGAUCAUGGAUAAACUUUGUCAAGCUGUGCAAAACCAAUCGCAAGACAUUUUAAAUGCUACGCAUUUAGUUUCAUCCAUUAAAAAACUUAUUCAACAAUUUAGAGAUGAGAAAUGGGACGACUUACUAGCUACUGUGAUAUCAUUUUGUAAGGAACGUGGUUUAGAUGUCCCUGAUAUAAAUGCUCAUUAUGUUGCAAGAUUUGGUCUAUCUCAUCAUCAACAAGAGGACUUUAGAAAUGAGCAUUAUUAUAAAGUAGAUAUUUUUAAUGUAGGAAUAGAUUCUCAAUUACAGGAACUAAAUCAUCGAUUUAGUGAGCAUGCCAUGGAGUUACUUACGCUUAGCUCAGCUCUAGACCCUCGAGAGGCAUAUGAAUCUUUUCGAGUCAGUGAUAUUUGUUCAUUGGUAGAUAAUUUUUAUCCAAUAGACUUCACAGAUGAUGAAAAUAAUGAUUUGAAAAAGAAACUUGAUCUUUAUAAGUAUGAUGUAGUUCAGCAUUCAGGGUUCAAGAAUUUGAAAAAUAUUUCUGAAUUGUGCCAAUGGAUGAUGAGAACUAGAAAAUCAAAAUAA